AUGUUAUCCCAAAUUUCCAGACGCGCUUUAACCUCCAACAGAGCCAUCGCCAUGAGAAUGUACUCUGAAGGCGCUACCGGUGCUCCAAGAGGCGCUUCCAGCGACGACGCUUUCUCCAAGCGCGAAGCCGCCCAGGAGAACCUCUACGUCAAGCAGCACGAAAAGGAGCAGUUGGCAGCCUUGAGAAAGAAGUUGGCCGAGCAGGAAAAGACCAUCUCCGAUAUCCAGGGGAAGUUGGACGACUUGGAGAAGAAGUAA